UUCUGGGAUCGGAACGGCGCUGCAAAUGGUGAAGAUAGCCGUGACACUCUGAGGCUGAAAUUUACAAAUAAAUCAUCACUUACUGUAACCCCCGUACGGGGAAGGACGUUGCAAUGAUCACGGCGCACCACGCCGAGACUGGGAUUUACUGUUAAAAAGGUAUAUGCGUGUGUCAUCGCUGCGGAUCUGCUGACAGUCGGAGAAUGCAGAUCUGAAAAGUGAAAGAUUGUGUCAAUGGACGCUUCUGUAGUGGUAGCUAGCUAGCUACACAACGUUUUUCAUUUUUUUUCCACAGGAGGUGGAAAAGUAGGCCGGAUCGUGUCCUAGGAUUGCGAUCGCAUUUUUUUAAAACACCAGGCAUUAGGAGGCUGUGGACAAAGGCACUAGGAAAAUGACGACCAGCAGCCCCGAAGCGGUGAAGAAAUUAAUCGACAAUAUGCAGACGGAUCUGCGAUCGCUGUCCAUGGAAUGCAAGAAAAAAUUCCCCCCGGUCAAAGAGGCAGCAGAAUCUGGGAUUGUGAAGAUCAAAACCAUCGCUGCAAGGAACACAGAUAUCCUGGCAGCUCUGAAGGAGAACAGCUCGGAGGUGGUGCAGCCCUUCCUCAUGGGCUGCGGCACUAAGGAGCCCAAGAUUACGCAGCUGUGCCUGGCUGCCAUCCAGAGACUCAUGUCCCACGAGGUCGUGUCCGAGGCUGCUGCAGGGAACAUCAUUGCCAUGCUGUGGCAGCUGAUGGAGAACGGGCUGGAGGAGCUGAAGCUGCUGCAGACGGUGCUGGUGCUGCUCACCACCAACACGGUGGUGCACGACGAGGUGCUGUCCAAGGCCAUCGUCCUGUGCUUUCGGCUGCAUUUCACCAAGGACAACAUCACCAACAACACGGCCGCCGCCACCGUGCGGCAGGUCGUCACCGUGGUCUUCGAGAGGAUGGUCACCGAGGAUGAACGGCACAAAGGUAUUGUGGAGCAGCCGCCGCCUGUCCCUGGCAACAGUAACCGGCGGUCCAUCAGCACACUGAGACCUAGUGCCAAGGACGCCUACAUGCUGUUUCAGGACCUUUGCCAGCUGGUCAACGCUGACGCCCCCUACUGGCUGGUGGGGAUGACGGAGAUGACGCGAACGUUUGGUUUGGAGCUCCUGGAGUCGGUUUUGAAUGAUUUCCCCGAGGUGUUUCUGCAGCACCAGGAGUUCAGCUUCCUGCUGAAGGAGCGCGUGUGCCCUCUGGUCAUCAAGCUCUUCUCCCCCAACAUCAAGUUUCGGCAGGGGAGCGCGGCGGCGGCGUCCCCCGCCCCCGUGGAGAAGCCCUACUUCCCCAUCUGCAUGCGGCUGCUCAGGGUGGUGUCCGUGCUCAUCAAGCACUUCUACAGCCUGCUGGUGACGGAGUGUGAGAUCUUCCUGUCGCUGCUGGUGAAGUUCCUGGACGGGGAGAAGCCACAGUGGCUGAGAGCGGUAGCAGUGGAGUCCAUCCAUAGGCUGUGUGUGCAGCCCCACCUGCUGCGGUCUUUCUGCCAGUCCUACGACAUGAAGCAGCACUCCACCAAGGUGUUCCGAGACAUCGUCAACGCCCUGGGCUCCUUCAUCCAAUCAGUGUUCAUCGUGCCUAGCCUGGGAAGCCCCGCCCCCACCAACACACCGGCUGGUGGCUCCGGCUCCGGGUCCCAGGCUGCAGCUCAGAGUGCCGCAGGAGCAGGAGGUUCGGGCGGAGGCCUGACCACCCAGGCUGCCUUUGAGUACCGCGGCACCUGGAUCCCCCUGCUGACCGUCAGCGCGCAGGGCAGCGCCAAGGCCACCUACCUGGAGAUGCUGGACAAGGUGGAGCCGCCCUCCAUCCCUGAGGGGUACGCCCUGUCGGUGGCCUUCAGCGCCCUGCUGGACCUGGUCAGGGGCAUCACCUCCAUGAUCGAGAGGGAGCUGGCCAAGGAGGAGGAGGAGACGGUUGCCACCCGGAGCGGCUCGGACCCGGCUCCAGGCCCAGGGGUCACCGCUGAAAUGCAGGGCCAGAGCAGCGAGCAGGAGCCAGUUCCCCAGCUGGUGUGGGAGGAGAUGGUCAACGCCUGCUGGUGUGGCCUGCUGGCCGCUCUCUCCCUUCUGCUGGAUGCCAGCACGGACGAGACGGCGACGGAGAACAUACUGAAGGCGGAGCUGACGAUGGCGUCGCUGUGCGGCCGUCUGGGCCUGGUCACGCCGCGCGAUGCCUUCAUUACCGCCAUCUGCAAGGCCUCCCUCCCGCCGCACUACGCCCUGACCGUCCUCAGCAGCUCCGCCACCAACCUCUCCAACAAGUCGUACUCCAUCCAGGGCCAGAGCGUUCAGAUCAUCAGCCCCUCCAGCGAGUCUCAUCAGCAGGUGGUGGCAGUGGGGCAGCCGCUGAGCGCCCAGUCCCAGGGCACCGUGGUGCUCACAGCAAAGAACAUCCAGUGCAUGCGGACUCUGCUGAACCUGGCCCACUGUCACGGCGCUGUGCUCGGGACAUCCUGGCAGCUGGUGCUGGCCACUCUGCAGCACCUGGUGUGGAUUCUGGGCCUGAAGCCGGGGAGCGGUGGGGCUCUGAAGCCUGGCCGAGCCGUGGAAGGACCCAGCACGGUCCUGACCACGGCCGUGAUGACCGACCUGCCCGUGAUCUCCAACAUCUUAUCGCGGCUGUUCGAGAGCUCGCAGUACCUGGAUGACGUGUCCCUGCAUCACCUGAUCAACGCCCUCUGCUCCCUGUCCAUGGAAGCCAUGGAUAUGGCCUAUGGGAAUAAUAAGGAACCGUCUCUGUUUGCGGUUGCCAAGUUGCUGGAGACUGGUCUGGUGAACAUGGACCGCAUCGAGAUUCUGUGGAGGCCUCUAACUGGGCAUCUGCUGGAGGUCUGUCAGCAUCCGAACUCCAGGAUGAGGGAGUGGGGGGCGGAGGCGGUGACAUCACUGAUCAAAGCAGGCCUGGCGUACAAGCACGACCCCCCGCUGUCCCAGAACCAGAGGCUGCAGCUGCUGCUGCUGAACCCGCUGAAGGAGCUGUCCAACAUCGUGCAUGCCGACAUCCGGCAGAAGCAGCUGGAGAGCGUGCUGCAGAUCCUUCAGAGCCAGGGGGACAGCCUGGGUCCCGGGUGGCCCCUGGUGCUGGGCGUCAUCGGAGCCAUCCGAAACGACCAGGGGGAAUCCUUAAUCCGAACAGCCUUCCAGUGCCUGCAGCUGGUGGUGACGGACUUCCUUCCCACGAUGCCUUGCACUUGCCUCCAGAUCGUGGUGGAUGUCGCCGGCAGCUUCGGGCUUCAGAACCAAGAGCUCAACAUCAGCCUGACCUCGAUCGGCCUGCUGUGGAACAUCUCAGACUACUUCUUCCAACGGGGCGAGACCAUCGAGCAGGAGUUGAACAGGGAGGAGGCGGCGCUGGAGAAGCAGGCCCGGGAGAAGGGAGUGGCCCUCAACCGGCCCUUUCACCCGGCCCCGCCCUUCGACUGCCUGUGGCUGUGCCUGUACGCCAAGCUGGGGGAGCUGUGCGUGGACCCGCGGCCGGCGGUGCGGAAGAGCGCUGGGCAGACGCUCUUCUCCACCAUCAGCGCCCACGGCACCCUGCUGCAGCAGCCCACCUGGCACACGGUGGUCUGGAAGGUCCUCUUCCACCUGCUGGACUGCGUGAGGAAGUCCUCCACCACGGCUGACAAGGAGAAGAUCGAGUCCGGGGGCGGGAACAUCCUCAUCCACCACUCGCGCGACACGGCGGAGAAGCAGUGGGCGGAGACCUGGGUGCUGACGCUGGCCGGGGUGGCCCGGAUCUUCAACACCCGCAGAUACCUGCUGCAGUCGCUAGGGGAUUUCUUCAAGGCCUGGGAGGUCCUGCUGGACCACAUCCAAUCCGCCGCCCUCAGCAAGAACAACGAGGUCUCUCUGGCCGCGCUCAAGAGCUUCCAGGAGAUCCUGCAGAUCGUCACGCCCGUCAAGGACUCGGAGAAGCCCGACGCCCUUGCCGCCAUGGGCGUCCCCGUCCUCAUGGACCCGGUGUCGGCGGCGUCAGGGCCUGGCAGACCCCUGCUGCGCUCCGAUUCGCUGACGGAAAGGCUGGCGCGCUACAACGGGGCGGAGUCGGCGGGCACCCCGCCCCCUGGGGAGGAGGUGGACGACUCGGCCCUGUGGUGGUCGGCGUGGAACACCUGGUACCGGACGGGCACGGAGUGCACGCGGCCGCCCUCCGCCUCCGACAAGCUGGCCUUCAUCCCCAGCCAGCCCUUCCUCACCGCCCUGGUGCAGAUCUUCCCUGCCCUCUACCAGCACAUCAAGGGCGGCUUCAGCAUGGAGGACCUGAGGAAGCUGGGCGUUAUCCUGCACGGCGCCGUCUCCGUGCCCAUCAGCUCCGACGCCUCCCCCUUCAUCCUGCCCUCCUACACCGAGGCCGUGCUCACCAGCCUGCAGGAGGCGGUGCUCACCGCGCUCGACGUCCUGCAGAAGGCCAUUUGCAUCGGCCCGGAGAACAUGCAGGUCAUGUACCCAGCCAUCUUUGACCAGCUGCUUCUGUUCGUGGAGUUCUCCUGCAAGCCUCCACAGUAUGGCAAACUGGAAACCAAACACAUCGCCAAUGCCAAGUACAACCAGAUCCAACUGUUUGCACCGGCAGAAUGGGUGGCCUUAAACUACGUCCCCUUUGCGGAGCGGUCUCUGGAGGUGGUGGUGGACCUCUACCAGAAGACGGCCUGUCACAAGGCCGUGGUCAGCGAGAAGGUUCUCCAGAACAUCAUCAAGACAUUGAGGAUCCCUCUCGGCCUGAAGUACGCCUGCCCCUCGGAGAGCACCUGGAAGCUGGCUGUCGCCUCGCUGCUGAAGGUGCUAUCCAUAGGGCUUCCUGUUGCUAGGCAGCACGCCUCCUCUGGGAAGUUUGACACCAUGUGGCCAGAGCUCGCCAAUGCCUUCGAAGACUUCCUCUUCCCAAAAAGUUCGGCUCCAGAUAAUUUAUCUAUUCAAGAAUUCCAGAAAAAUGAAAGCAUAGACGUCGAGGUGGUCCAGCUCAUAAGCACAGAGAUCUUGCCUUUUGCCAACUUCAUCCCCAAAGAGUUUGUUGGGCAGAUCAUGGCAAUGCUCAAUAAGGGAUCCAUUCACUCUCAGUCCUCGUCAUUCACAGAGGCGGAGAUUGACGUUCGCAUGCGGGAGGAGUUCUCCAAGGUGUGCUUCGAGACGCUGCUGCAGUUCUCCUUCAGCAACAAGGUGUCCACGCCGCAGGAGGGCUACAUCUCGCGCAUGGCGCUCUCCGUGCUCCUCAAGCGCUCCCAGGACGUUCUGCGUCGCUACGUGGAGGACGAGAGGCUGAGCGGCCGCUGCCCGCUCCCCAGGCAACAAGUGACUGAGAUCAUCUUCGUCCUCAAAGCGAUCAGCACUCUGAUGGACUCCCUCAAGAAGACCCAGCCUGAGAACGUGGAUGGAAACACCUGGGCGCAGGUGAUCGCUUUGUACCCGACUCUCGUGGAGUGUAUAACGUGCUCUUCCUCCGAGGUGAGCUGUGCCCUGAAGGAGGCGCUGGGGCCCUUCAAAGACUUUAUGCAGCCGCCGAUCACUAAAGUUCAGAACGGGGAGUCGUGACCAUCUGGGCCACUCGCGGGAGGCCGGACACUCUUUUUUUUAAUGAAUGAGGACAUUUCCUUACAUUAACAUGCGUGCGAUACUCAACACAAGUCCGUCUAACAGACUGUAACCUGGGGCAACCAUGAGCAAACAGCCCUAACCACAACAAGUCCGAUUGACAUCAGUGUAAACUUCCUAUACAAGUGGAUAACCCAAUCUGACUGGCUGGACAUCUGCAUUAACUGCUACAGUAAAAUUGCAAUGUUUUUUUUUUUUUCUUGCUUGGUUUUGUUUUCUUCCUGAAGAGAGGGUACAGUGAAUGUACAGUGUUUGGUGAUAGUGUUGAAGACGUAAUAAAGACUAAACUAUUUGGGCUGUAUUGACUCUUUAAAAAAAAAAAAAAAAAAAAAAAAAACGGAAGGAA